AUGAGUUCAAAAUCAUCUUCACCGAAUGAAUCAUUAGGCUCGUCCUUUUCAUUGACUUCAACAGUCAGACAACGAUCGAAUACAAAAAUAGUUUCAAAUGAAGAAGUAAUUGAAUCGAUCGUAUCUUAUACUAUGGAAACUGGAGCAUCAGACAAAGUUAAAAGAAAAAUUCAGCAACAUUUACGUAAUAUUAAAUUUAAUGAACAAGAUGAUGAUUCAUCACAAUCAACUGGAUAUGCUGAUUCACUCGAAUCAACAAAUACAAGUGAUACUCAUUCACCUCAUUCUGUUCAUCUUGAUACAACAGCUACACGUGAUUGUGGAUCACGUGCUACCAACUGUGCAUGGAGUGUUGCAACUUUUGUAGUCGGUGGUGUUUUACUGUUUUUAUGUACACAUUGGCUUGUGAAAUGGUUUAACAAAUCAUCAACAUCACCAUUUAAACCAAAUUCAUCUUCAAAUAUGUUAUCUCCAUAG